AUGUCGUCCUCUUCAACCUCGGUUCCAGCCAACAAGCGUCUCGACGUCGAUGGUCACAACCUUCCUCCUUCGCCCACUCCUUCCAGCCCCAGCAAUGGCAAGAACAAGUACUCUCUCGCAACCGAGCUGGUCUACACUGAGUCAAACGACCAGUACAAUGCUAGUAGCGUUCCCAUCUACCAAUCUGCAACCUUCAAGGGCGAGGGCAAUGAGUACGAUUACACUCGUUCCGGCAACCCUACCCGUACCCAUCUCGAGCGUCACUUGGCCAAGAUCAUGAAUGCCCACCGCGCGCUGGUCGUGUCGUCGGGCAUGGCUUGCCUUGACGUUAUAACUCGCUUGCUUCACCCCGGUGAUGAGGUUGUCACUGGUGACGACCUCUACGGUGGCUCCAACCGUCUGCUCAAAUACCUCUCAACCCACGGCGGUAUCAUUGUGCGCCAUGUCGACACCACCAACCCCGACUCGGUCGCUGCCGUUCUGUCUGAAAAGACUGCCAUGGUUCUUCUCGAGUCUCCUACAAACCCUCUUAUGAAGGUCGUCGACAUUCCUACCCUCUCCUCGCUUGCUCACAAGGCAAACCCCAAGGCGCUUGUCAUUGUCGACAACACUAUGCUUUCUCCUUACCUCCAGAACCCUCUUGACUUGGGCGCCGAUAUUGUGUACGAGAGCGGUACUAAAUAUCUGUCUGGUCACCACGAUGUCAUGGCUGGUGUAAUGGCUACCAACAGCCCUGAAUUGGGCGACAAACUUUACUUCCCUAUCAACGCUUCAGGCUGCGGACUCAGUCCCUUUGACUCGUGGCUCCUCCUUCGUGGUAUCAAGACGUUGGCUGUUCGCAUGGAAAAGCAGCAGGCCAAUGCCAUGGCCAUUGCCAGAUACCUUGAAAGCCACGGAUUCAAGGUCCGCUACCCAGGUCUUAAGUCGCACCCUCAGUACGACCUUCACUGGUCGCAGGCUCGUGGCGCGGGUGCUGUUCUUUCUUUCGAGACUGGCUCGACCACUAUCUCAGAGAGAAUUGUGGCAGCGGCCAAGAUCUUCGCUAUCUCUGUUUCAUUUGGCUGUGUCAACAGCUUGAUCAGUAUGCCUUGCCGCAUGAGCCAUGCCAGCAUUGACCCUGCUACCAGAAAGGAGCGUGCUCUGCCAGAAGACAUCAUUCGUCUGUGCAUUGGUAUCGAGGACGUAGGCGACUUGCUUGACGACCUGCAGCAAGCUCUGGUCAGAGCAGGUGCUGUGAAAAUCACACCUGAUGGAAUUGAGGCUCUUGACGCAGCCGAGGGUGAGACCAAGGCGACUAGAGAGUUGACUGAUGAGCCAUGA